CCUCCUCAGCAACCUCAGUCUCCCCAGUACAGUCCGCUUCUAACCCUAUGCAGGCUCUCUCUGCUCCACAGCCAUUUCCUCCUCCUACUUUCUCUUCAGCCGCACUUACAUCCCAUGCAUAUACAUUCCAUCAACCCAGCAUCCCUUCCUCCUCUCCGGCUCCUAUCUCUGCUGCUCCUUCCCUCCCGGCCAUCUCAGCUGCUCCUCCACCCGCACCAACCACGGCAGCCGCUCAGACAGCACAAACAACAGCGGGCCCCAGCAGCUCCACGAGUUACACCCAACCUGUUCCUCCUCUUUCUUCUUUCCACCCUCCCUGUCUCCUCCCCUACCCCCCGGCUCCCCACGACCCGCACUCUAGCAUUACCCGUACUACAGCACCUGCACCUCCUUAUCCUACAGCCUUACACACGGCCAGCCUCGGCCUUUUCCUGGCUCCCACAUCUCCAUCCAGCAGCUACACCCUGGCCACCGCCCAGCCACCAGUGCGCCCCCUAGCAUCCGCCCGGCCCUCCCCCGUGUCUCCCACCCUCAGGCAGCAGAUCCUAACCGGUAAUUACAUUGAUCUCACUCAACUCAUUCACCCUACAUCAAUUAAUCCUCACAUCCCCAGGGAACUGCUCACCUCAUUCGGCCCCUCGGAACUUAAACAGCCACUUCCUGCUCGCUCCAAGGACCUCACAGUCGCCGAGUUCGCUUUUGCGUUCUCAUUGUAUAGAGACAUAAUUUGUUCAGCCUUCCCCGACCGCAGGUCCGAGCUCGAUGAUUACUUGUCAUUAAUUCUUGACCUGGCCUUGCGUUUCGGCGGCAACGGUUUCUAUACCUAUCAUAUCCUCUUCGCCUCCCAAGCCGCCGGUCGCCUCCAACAGUUCAACCAGGGCACGUACUGGGGAACAUUGGACCACGAGCUAUACUGCCAAGUUUUCGCAGCUCGCGCUUCUCUGCACUGCGAAAUGUGCGGCGCCCCUUCCCAUCCCGCCGCAGCAUGCACCCUCUCCGCCCCCCUGCCCCGCGCCUCGGUAACAGACAAGCGAAGCCCAGCCAUGCCACACUACUUGCCAUCGGUGGCUCCCCCACCAUCCAUCACCCCCAAACCUGCCUUAGAUCACCCGUCCAUCCUCGGCCCCCUCCCCAAAGGCACGGACAGGAGAGGGAGACCUGUCCUCUACCAGGGAGGACGGAUGAUCUGCAAUAACUUCAACGACCUCAGUUGCAGCUCCUUCAGCUGCAAAUUCCUCCACACUUGUUCAUUCUGCGGGGGAGCCCACGCCAGAGCCACAUGCCCACACAACCCGACAAAGCAACAGCUGUAGUCAGCCCAAUCGGAGUGGCAACCAGGAAGUACUCUGGGAAAAAGAGGCUCAUCAUCGACCUCUCGUCCCCCCACGGUUCCACUGUUCCAAGCAUUAACAGCCUGAUUCCCAGCCUGGACUUUUCCAUGCAAUACGCCACUAUAGACCACGCCAUUUCCCUCAUCCGACUCGCGGGCCAGGGAGCAUGGUUGUCCAAGGCGGACAUCACAAGCGCUUUCAAAGUCCUCCCCAUCCACCCCGACUACUGGCACCUCUUCGGGGUCUCCUGGAAGGGCGCAUACUAUUUUGCCGUGCGUCUAACCUUCGGCUGCAAGAGCAGCCCAAAAAAUUUUCGACUCAUUGUCCGAAGCCCUCUGCUGGAUUCUUUCCAACAAUUAUAAACUCCCAUACGUCAUCCACCUACUUGACGACUUCCUCACGGUCACGCCACCGUCUUCGCCCCCGUCAUACGGUCUCACCACAAUGAUUUCCGCAUUCACUGAUCUCGG